AGUGUUUGUUGGUAUUUUCGUAGUGUAAAAGAGAAAAUUUAAAAUUUCAGUCAGAGACGUUGCGUGAGUGUAACAGCACGCGAUUGCUGCGUAGUGGAAUAGCGCCCUUUUCCGUACAAACUGAAUAGCGAGUCUUCCUCCUAAAGCAGAAUCGGUGUGUUGUGUGGUACUCUGUACAAUUUUUUUAAAAACAGUGUGGUGCAUAACAGGAAUAUGUCUACUGCGAUAAUGUCCCAGAACGCAAUGUACGAGUUCGGAGAGAGCUUAAUCAAGCCCGCGAUGCCCGUCAGCGCGGACCCCCGUCCGACAGCCGGCCCCGCGGCGGUCCGCCUCACCCUCGCCCGCAUGGCGUCGACGCCCGCCGUCGGCCAGACCGGCGCCGGCCCCAGCCAGCUGGCCGCCCUGCUGGGCAGCCUCACGCAGCAGCACCACCGACGGCUAGAGCGCGCGCAGUCAGCGCCCGCCCCCGCCGCCUCCGUUGCCGCCUGCGCGGCCAACACGUCCAGGUACAAGACGGAGCUGUGCCGCCCCUUCGAGGAGUUCGGCGUGUGCAAAUACGGGGACAAGUGCCAGUUCGCGCACGGGUACAAUGAGUUGAGGAGCUUGGCGAGGCAUCCCAAGUACAAGACGGAGCUGUGCAGGACCUACCACACGGUGGGCUUCUGCCCGUACGGGCCGCGCUGCCACUUCGUGCACAACCAGGACGAAGUCAUGCAGAAGACCUCCGCUCCGCCCGGGCGAACGGCCGCCCAUCCGGCCCGCCCCAGACCGGCCGCCCUCAGCCCGUCCCUCAGCCUCGACAGCCCCAGCCCGCCGUGCAGCCUCAGCCAGUCGCCCACCUCCUCCAUGGGCUCGUUCUUCAGCAGCGAGCCGGAGCUGCACUCGCCCGGGCUGGACGACCAGCGGCUGCCCGUGUUCAACAGGCUCAUCGAGGCGACGCACAUGCUCACCCUGAGCGAUCUGAUGCUGUAAGCAAAAGUGCGGUGGUUUCAUGGUACCACGUGGUGAACUCGGUGUGGGGAUUCCGACGACCGUGACUGUCGGU